GAAAGUAGUCCAUUGCUGUCGGCCGGGAGGAACCCGAUAGAACCUUGUUCCUGUAGCAUUACACACUUUGUUCCUGGUUCGCACAGAUCUAAAUCCAGAUAAGCAGCAUCGAAGGAAAAAAAAUACCGAAACAGCGAAUGUGAAGUGGAAUGAAUUUGCGCAGAGCGCGGGCGGAGAAUAAAAAAGAAGGCAGUGAGCUGCUGCUUGUUCGUUAACCGUCAAGGCAAUAGGUGUGAUUAAGUCGCCAAAAGUGAGGUCAUAAAUUACCGCGCACCAGCUGAAAGUGAUUUAUCUGGUCUGGGCCGACUGACAUGCCGAUGCCCGGAAGAGGCGGUUGAAACCGCGGAAGAAAAAAAAAAGUUCUAGGGAGAAAAAAAACUUGAAACGUGUGUGUUUGCGUUUAUAUGGUCGUGAUCGUAAGCUAUUGGAUGUGAUCAACAUAUAUGAACGAGUCCUACCGGAUUCCGAGGCAAAGUGUUGAUCGUUGAAGGUGAUGUGAAGUGUUUCGCUAUAAAGUGAUAAAUAUUUAUGUUUGCGUUUGUUUUGCUGUGAUAAAUUGUCCCGAAGACUGCCAGCUGACGAGACAAGAUGGGAAUUUUUGGGGAAGAGUGGAGUCGGACGGAGAUCAUCACGACUUCGUCAUCGACUACCACCAAAACUAUCACCACACCUGCAAAGCUGUACGGCAAAGAUCUCGGCGCAUAUGACGACGUCGAUGUGGACGAACUUUUGGCGCAGCUUUCGCCGGAAGAGAUCACCCUCCUGGCCAAAGAGGUCGACCCGGACGAUUCCUUCCUGCCACCAAGCCAGAGAACCAACUACGAAUGUGACAAGGAAGCAACCGGUCCACUGGAUCGGAAAAAGCUGAUAGAACACAUCAACAAGCAGGCAAUGGAGACACCGGAUCGGCCCGAACUGGAACCAUUCGUGCCCGGGGUGGUUCGUGGUAAAAAGUGGAUCCCACCGCCACAGGAGCAAAGAAUGCAGGAAGCGGCAGAUCAGAUCGCGAUCGAUCUGGGUGAAGAGUACGAGCAUGCCCUGACGGAUGCUACUCAGGAGGAAAUUAUCGAUCUGGCUGCCAUCCUUGGGUUCCAUUCGAUGAUGAACCAGGACCAGUAUCAUGCCUCUUUGCUCAACAAGGGCCAGCCGGUGGGGCUGGGCUGGGACGGUAUUACAAAGUCGUCUAUACAGAAGAUUUUCCCGGCGGAGGCACCCAACAAUACCGAUCCGGAGGAGAUGAUUAAGAGAAUAAAGGACGACGACAGCAAGUUGGUCGAUGUGAACUUUAACAAUAUCAAGAACAUCUCCGACGUUCAGUUCGAGAAACUGAUCGAGGCACUGCAGAGCAACACCCACCUGGAAGUGCUCUCGUUGACCAACACAGGUCUAACGGACCGUACUGCCCUGCUGCUAGCGGCCGCCCUCGAGCGUAACCAUACCUUGCGGGUGUUGAACGUCGAGACGAACUUCAUCAGCCCGUCGGUGAUCGUAUCGCUGGUAAGAUCCCUGCUGACACAGAUGUCUAUCGAGGAGUUCCGGGCCUCCAAUCAGCGAUCACAAGUGCUGGGCAACAAAAUCGAGAUGGAGAUCACCGAUUUGGUGGAGAAAAAUACGACCCUGCUGCGGCUAGGUCUACACCUCGAGUUCAACGAUGCCCGUCACCGAGUGGCAGCCCAUCUGCAGCGUAACAUCGAUAGAAUUCGGAUCGAUAAGAAAGACGGUCGAUCGUCACGAGGUAGCUUUUACCGACCGCAUCACAUCGAGGAACGUAUGGACGAGCUGGAAGGUGUCGACGAGGAACCAGAGGAGGAGGAGGAAGAAGUGCGCGAGGUUCCACAGGACUACGAUGUUGAGGAGGAUCCGGACAAUAUAGUCAUCCGUCCGCCGCCCUCCGACGACGAGGAUAUUAAGAAAAGAUCUGUCGCAGCGUCUGCAGUUUAGAUUUUUCCAAAAUAUUCACAGAAAGCAGGCGACAAUGAUACAGUGAACUGGCGUAAGCUCGUAGAACAACAUACCGAGUGGCUAAGAACGUUAUCUAAUUAGAGUCGUGUUUUGUAUGAUUACCUUGUAAAACCUGCAGCCAAAAGCAAACAGCAAGAGUUUCAUGUAUUUUUAAUUGAAACAGAAGACCAGAAAGUUUCAUUGCUCGCAUCGUUUUUUUUUAAAUAAAUAUAUUUCUAUCUUCAUACCUAAUGAAGAUAAGAAAUUCAGAAGGGUAAAUAUUAUCAAAAUUUCGAGGUAGACAAAAAAGGUGGAAAUCAAACUUUACUACUACACUGAUUUUAAAUCAAAGCGAAAGAAAGUUUUCUUUGUUUCUUUGUUGAUGCCUUCUUCAAUGUGUAUACAGUGUUAUAAAUUAAACAGGAGGGUACGAAAAGAGAGAGAAAGAAACAACAGAAAUGGGAUACUUGUUGCAAUUAAAAACUUUUUUUUUGUUAUACUGCAAUUGUAAAAGUUAGUUAGCCGGUAGGACAAAAAAGCAGAGCUAUUAAAUUGAUAGGUUAAAGAAAGAGUAAGAGGGAGAGAGUAAGCAGCAUCAUCAUAUUUCAUCGUCGUCUCAGCAAGCAGCACUUAGCAACUGUCAACAAUCGACCGUUCCCGUGAACUACUGUGAACUUCUGCCACGGUCCCGCUAAUCAUCGUUUUAAGUCAUUUCUGUCGCCCUUAAAAAGUAUACCCACACACACACACGCCCGUCUGUCCCGAGUUUUUCAUGCUCUGAAAUGAAAUGCUAGAGUUCAGGCAAUCAUCGGAUGGGCCGAAUUCCGUUUCCCUUCGAAGGAGAUGGAAGUCGUCAUUGAUUGUAAACAAAAAGGAUGAAAAAUACGCCAAUCUCGCCUGAAUCAGCGCAAGUAAAUUUGAUCACUGCCGCACAUGUCGGACCGCGGCUACUUUGAUUGUACCAACAGCCGAUUUGCUGCAAAGUAAAACACACACACAUAUACAUAUUUAUUGCCAUCAGCAAAACAUUGAAACAGAAACAACAGCAACAUCAAACCAUCAACAAGCUACACUGCACAGCAUACUUUUGUUUGCCAAUGAUGUUUGUGUAACCGUUUAUUUGUUUGUGUGAGUUCCCUACAUAUGUGUGUCGCCUGUGUGUGCGUGUUCAUACGAUCUGUGUCUGCCGAUCGUGUAUCGUGUGAGUGUUUGCAAAACAUACUCAAACACAUUAAAUUCUAAACCAACACACCUACACUCCUUUCCAAAUCAAUACUACAAAACCGCAAAUGCUAUUCGAGUGUCUUCGUCUUGACUGUUUUGGUGUCGGUCCGACUUUGGCGACGGGAAGCAAACGGAAUCGUGUCGGAGGUGGAAAACAGGCCGUCAGCAGCGCAUGGGUCAUGGAAACAGAGCCAACACCGCCGGAUUCAUUCGAGGCUAAUGACCACCUUCGUCAUCGAUAAUAAUGAUUGUUCGUUCAAAGUAGACAGACAUUGAUCGUGUAUUUUGUUCCGUUUAUCAAACACGCAAAAAAAAAACAAUAAGAACACAGCAAGCAAAUUGUGGUCCCCAGUUUUGAACGGCUAAUUUUAACUUUUUGACAAAUUCCGAACAGGUGUAAGACAUUAAACAAACAUAAGUAAUGUACGGGAGGGGGCCCAAACAAAACAUCAGCCGACCGAUAAGAUGUGCAGCAAGCGACAACCCGUUCGACGCAAUGCCCGCUGAUUCAAAACAACGAUUUGUACGAAUUGUGAAACCCUUAUAGUUACACAUUUAAAUACGUUUUAUAGACCCUAUUAGAAUUAGAACAAGUUUACAUUUAUAGUAAUUACCAUUUAGGAGAGCCACACAGCCGGAGCAUAUUGGCGUAUAUUUUCAUCCUUAUCGUGUAGAGAUUAGAAACGAUGAUUACCUAAACUCUUUUAUUUAUACGAAUAUUCUAACUUUUAACGAAUAAAAAAACACAACCAACUUUUACUUUAUACUUUUAAUUAGUUGAUUAGUUUCAUUGUAAUUAUGAUAGAAACAACAUGAAAAUUGAAACAACCAAUUUUUGAACAAUCAAUUUGAACCGAAAAGAAAUACACUGCCUGGCAUGCUUUAAAGAAUAAAUUAAUAAAAAUGUGAUCGUCGCUUUAGCUAGAAAUUAGCUGCUAUUUCCCGGAAUUCAUGAAAAGCUUUUCCCAUCGCUCAUCACAAAAAUGUUAUUUAAAAAAGUGCAAAUAUAUAAGGUGUAAAAUUAA